AUGGAAGGAACAAUUCCAGAUCUUGAAUUUCUAAUAGAACUUAAAAGAAUGUAUAAGUUUUAUAUUUUUCUUGAUGAGGCCCAUUCAAUAGGUGCUUUAGGUAACAAUGGAAGGGGAAUAUGUGAAAUAACUAAUGUUAAUACAAAAGAAAUAGAUAUCUUGAUGGGUACUUUUACUAAAAGUUUUGGUGCCUAUGGUGGUUAUAUAGCUGGAAGCAGUGAAUUGAUUAAUUUUAUAAGAUUUAAAGGAUGUUUUGCUAAACAUUCUGAAAUGAUGUCACCUGUUGUAGCUAAACAUUCAUUAUCUUGUUUAAAAGAAAUAAUUGAAGAUAAAAGUAGAAUUAGAAAUUUAUCAAAAAAUGUCAAAUAUAUGAGACGGAAGUUAAAAAAAGCAAGGUUUAUUGUACUGGGUAACCAACAGAGUCCUGUUAUUCCUAUUCUUAUUAUCAAUCCUGGAAAAAUAGCAGAAUUUUCAAGACUUUGUAAAGCUAAAGGAUUAGCAGUAGUUGUAGUUGGGUUCCCUGCUACUUCUAUUUUGUAUUCAAGGGCGCGUAUUUGUGUAUCAUCUUCUCAUACAAAAGAAGAACUUGAUGAUGCUAUAAAAAUAAUCGACAGUGUUGGCACAAUACUUGGUAUGAAGUAUUAA